AUGGAUGAUAAUAAUCUCGUGUAUCCGGAGCAACGGGUGCGGGACGGCAGUAAACUCCAGGGAGCCGCGGUAACAGAAGCUCCCGAGGAAGGAAAGAAACAAAGAAGAAAAAUACACAGAAAUACGAUCAGAUGGUAUACGAACGUAUUUGAACUCGAGAACGGCCGAGGACACAGGGACAGAGCUUGCCAGCUCGACGAAAUGUUGAAUUAUCGAGACUAUAAACGACAUAAAACGGACGGUUCGAUGUAUGGGAAGGCAUAUCGGACGGCUCAGCAUGAAUUUAAGCCCGGGAAAAUAGGAAGACUUCCGUUGUCGGAUCCGGAAACCCCUUCUCCGAGCCCCCUCUCUCUCCCUUUCCCUUUCCCUUUCGGCAGUCCACUGGCCGGCGACUGCGCGACUGGCGCUCGCUGCUUCCCCUUCCCGUCCCCCAAGCCCCGGGAACUGCACCGGCGCCACCAGCUGGCGCUCGUAGAUUUGCCGGAAAGCGUUGUGCUCAGUCGUCGGGGCGUAGAAAGGGCCAUCGAGAGUAGAAGAAGUUCGAACGCGAGCCAAACAGAUCAUAACCGAGAGCUCAGAAGCACUCACGAGCUGAAGAGCUGA